UUAUGUGAUUUAAAAAGAAAAGCUUUAUUCUCUUGACAGAAGAACAUGUAUCCAUGGUAGGAAAUAAACACAUAUGAAAAGAAGAUAGUUCACCUGGACCGCAGCAGGGUCCCAAGGUUCACUGUUAACAUUCCAAAGUGACUGAGAUUUCCAUAUAUACACAUAUAUAUAUGUAUACGUGUGUGCAUAUAUUUAUUUAUUUAUUUUAAACCAUCCCCCCUGUUGUUAGAUAUUGCACAUGUUUCCUGUUUCUCUCUUAAAAAGAGAGUGGGGGAGACUGGGGGGGUGAUAUAUGGGGACUCUGUAUUUUCCACUCAAUUUUCCCUGAACCCAAAACUGCUCUAAAAUAUAAAGUCUCCAUAAAAAAAUAUACAAAACAGCCAGCAAUUCUUUCUGAUAUGCUUGCAUAUCAGAACAUCGCUUUUUUUUUUUUUUCUGGAAAAACAGUUUUUGUCUUCCUUAGGGAAGAGUAAAUAAGGUUCGUAAAGAUCGUUACAGCUCACUGAUUUGAAAGGGAAAGAAGAUUAGAAAUCUUAAAAGGAAUAGCUAGCUAGCUUUCCAGAGGAUAAUAGAGGUUUAACAGGUAUUAAAGUAAAACCAGGACUGGACAGUAGUUAAAGGGGUAAAAGCAGAUUUCAUUCAGAAAAGCAAUUGCAAUAGAGAAAAGAGACUUCAGUAUAGAACUGGGCUCAGUUCCGAAUACAAGGAGCAGAGUGUAGGUGUGGGUGGAUGGAAAAGUACUAAGAGGAAACAUCUGGGGUAAGGGGCAUUCUGCUGAAACGACCUAUCGGGAUUCUUGCUGGAGGCAGGUCAGGGCGCUGGGAUGGUGGGGGAAGAGGAACGGGCCAGAUGGUGCGGGUGAUCAUACAUGACGGAUGAGGGAUUCUGGCUAAACCAAUUUAUUAGCAGGGUUCUUGCUAAAGCUGAGCGACGCAAAAGAUAAGCAUAGAAGUACAAAGGUAGAGGAUUUAGGAGCCUGACUAAAGUUUGGCCGAGGAGAGAUUCGGGUUCUGUUAACAGCCUGCGGGUUCUGGGGAGAAGGAGAACAAGGUGAGGAAGGCGCGCGGGUGGUGCGCCGGAGGCCGCUGGGCGGGGCUCGCACGUGGGCAGGGUGGGCGGGGCUGGCCGCGGGGUGGGCGGGGCUGGCCGCGGGGCGGUGCUCGACUCGCAUCUGGGCGGGCAGGGCGGCGGACGCCAGUUCCCUGCUCCACCGCCCCAAGCCUAUUGCGGUGGAGCAAGAGCCGGUCCCGCCCCUCGGUGGGCGCCCCUCCGCUCCUCUCGGGUCUAUGGAGGAAAAACUGCGCUGGCCCCGCGAUUCCCAUGGCCGCAGUCGCCUGCGGCACCAAGGCCAUGUCCCUUUUCAAGCGGACCUUGGUGCUGAGCCCCGGCGCGGCGCCCAGGGGCGCGGGCACUCCCCCGCGCGGCUGCCCCUUGCCCCCCGCCGCUUGGCCCUCCAAGGACCGGCCGCGGGGAGAGGGCGUGUGCGGCCGGCUGCGGAGCCCCGCCGCAGCCGGCCGCCCGCCCCAGCCCCAGCCCCAUUCCAGCCCCUCCGCGUCUCCCACCGCCAUGUGUCUCCUCUGCCCGCAGGACUCGCUCAGCAGCAGCUUGAAAACUUGUUACAAGUACUUGAAUCAGACCAGUCGCAGUUUCGCAGCUGUUAUCCAGGCGCUGGAUGGGGAAAUGCGCCAUGCAGUAUGCAUAUUUUAUCUGGUUCUCCGAGCCCUGGACACUCUGGAAGAUGACAUGACCAUCAGUGUAGAAAGAAAGGUCCCCCUGUUACACAACUUCCACUCGUACCUUUAUGAGCCCGACUGGCGGUUCACGGAGAGCAAGGAGAAGGACCGACAAGUCCUGGAGGACUUUCCAACGGUAGCGGGACUAGCGGGACGCGGCCGUGCGCAUGAGUGGUGGGGUGGCCGUCAGCUGGCCCGCGUGCCUGGAGGGAAGUGCAAAACCAGCAGUCUCCGGGCAGUGUAGCAUAAUGUGGCAGUGGUGCGUCUCCAGCCAGACUGCCUGGGUUGGCGGCCCCAUGCUCCCCCCCAUUAACUGGUGCUACGUUACAUAGCUUGCCUGUGCCUGUUUCUUCAUCGGUAAGACAGAGACAAUGAUGGUCCCUGCCUCCUAGUGUGGUUGUGAGGGAGGAUGGAAAGGGUUAACGUAGGUGGAGCUCUUAGGUGUUAGCUGCUACGGUCACUCCCAGGAUGUUGUUGGGAAGUCCAGCCUUCCUUCCUGUGGAAAGAGCACUCCAGUGCCAGUGUCGUGAAAGAUGGGUUCUCCAGCCAGUGCACCCGAGAACGCAGCCUAGGUGUGUCGCGCUGCUGGCCUCUGGGGCACCCUGAACCUGGUGGCGUGCUGUGCAGCUCAUGAUGGGUGGCAGCUGUGGGGUAGGGCGCGGGGCUCUUCGCAGCUGAGCUGAGGACUGAAACAGGAUGAUCUCUGCCACCCGCAGCUGUGUGAGCCUGGACACACCCCUUAACUUCCUUGUGCCUCAGUUUCCUCAUUUGUAAAGUUAGAGCUGCGAGGCCUGAACGAGUUCAUACAUGUAAAGUACCUAGAAUAGUGUUCUAUAAAUAUUAGGUCCUUAGUCCACUCAGUUGGAGUAAAGUGGGUUCUAAUUAAAAUCUUGAGCUUCAGAAGAUCCCGCAAAUUCCUCUUGUGCAUGUGACUAGGUCCUACUCUUCUGGGAUUUGCAUGUCUUAUCACAUAAAUAAGUGAUUCUUCCGUACCUUAUAUAAAGGUUUGAUUUAGCAAAGUCUCAUGUUCCCUAAGAGCCCAAAGAAGCCCUUCUUUUUGUACACAGUUGCCAGAAUUUGAGGGGAAGAACAGUCCUUAAGUGGUGGCUCCCUUACUAUUGAAACAAAUCUAUAUUCUUCAGUGGGGAGGGCAGGAAUCCAACGAUUACGGAAGAAUGUUUGAGGAGGACUCUCGGAGCAAGGGCUGUUUCAGAUUACUGAGAUCACACCUUCAGUGUCAAAGCCAGAAACAAAAUACAGUACCAUACAAACCAAGAGAAAAGGGCUGUGAAGAAAAAUUAGGUGGAGUUCAUAUAGUACAAUACAAAAGAGGAAAAGAGAAAAAUCUGGAGAAGAGUUAGGCAAGGAAGUAGAGCUCUCACGUAGGGAAGGUGCUGGUGAUUGGUUCUCACGGGACGCCUCUCACAAGACCAGAGCAGGUGGCGUGUGCCUGGGAGUCCGUGGCCAUUUACCGGUGAGCUUUUGAAACUCUGCCAAUGCAGAGAAAGUGCUGUAAACAGGGUUAACAUCCCACUCGUAAUUGAAGUGUGUUCUCACUUAAAAAAAAAAAAAAAAUCAUACAUUUUUCUAGCUGGAGCCUCCGAAAACAAAAGCUGUCUCCCAAACUACUUGAAUCUUCAUAACAAACAAUUUCUGGUCAUGGGAUAAAUGUCACAUGUAUUUUCAAGGCAGCCCUGUCCACUCAACAAAAAUGAAAGAAUAUGAAAAUAAAUGCCAAAAUAAUUUCGGAGGUAUAGCUAGUAAAUUUUCAGACAGUAUUCUAACGUGCGUAUGAAACCUGAGUCUAUUUCUUUAUAAAAAUGACACUUUGUUCUGGAAGGUUCAAGGUGAAGACUAAAUCCAUCUUUUGCCGUACUGGGUCGUAGGGUCAGCGCACAGGCGCUACGCUCUCAAAAGCAGAGACUUGCUCCUGUGGAGUGAAGGGGACAGAAAGUGCAGGCGUCGCUACUUUGCUGUUGUUAACCUUUUACAUCCUUGUGAAUAUGAAAUACGAGAAGCUGUGUGUUUUGUGAGCGUGUGUAAUUUUAAGACACUUGCAUUGGCGGUCCUGUCCGUCUGUGGUUCAGCCUGAGAGAGGAGUGUGUGGAGACGCCUCCCGCCUCACCUUCAGGAGCGGUUUGUGGGUGUGCUGGCCUGUCCCAGCAGCUCCAAUUUGAAGGGUGCACCGGUUGCCGAGGGUCAGGUAUACAGUGGGUUUGGGGUGAGGGCCUCCCUCACACAGCACUGCUGUCAGAUGGGGGCAAGAAGGGCCCUUCCCCCUCCUCUCACUUAUUUAUUUUUUUAAGUCCAUCCUCUUUUUUUGGCCGUGCGGUGUGACAUGCGGGACCUUAGUUCCCCAACCAGGGUUCGAACCUGUGCCCCCUGCAUUGGGAGCCCAGAGUUGUAACCACCACUGGUUGGCCAGGGAAGUCCCUUCCUGCCCCUCACGUUAGAGGGCCCCCCUCUGGGCCACCUCACCCUCCAGGGGGGCCAUGGGAGCGUGCCUGCCCCGAGCUUGUGCAGCUCCCCUUGUAGACCAUCUUAUGGGGGUCUGGGAUUGUGUGCCCCUAAUUCCCUGAGACACCCCCCACACACACCAGCUUGCAGUCCGUUUCCUGGGGCCCAUCUCCUCCAGGUUGGACUGUGCACCAGUGACCGUGCCUCUUGGCCCGAGGGCGGCUCUUCAGGAGGGUCGUGGGUGAAGCUUGACCCUGCUGUCUGGGGUGUCCUUACACACGAGCGUGAGAUUCCUCCUCCUGGCAGUCUCUGCACUUUUAAAUUUUGGAACAGAAGCCUGAGGGACCAAGAAUUUUAAAUUCACACCCGAGUCCUCCAGGUGGUUGUGAAGGUAUGUUUGUCGGGGCAGGAGAAGAGAACAUACUGUGCACUUGGUAAGUUACUAGCUCGCUUGAUUAAGAUUUCGAGCCAUGUGGCGUGUGGCCGCCGUUGUGCUGUUGCCCCAGGCCCGGUGGAGGGUAGGGCUGAGCCUCCACAGGGCCUUCGAACUGAGUGAAGCGGCUGAAGCCUUCCUCCGGUCAGCAUUGACAUGGGACCCGGGGCUGUAAUAAGGCUUCAGUGCUCAUUAGUUGAUACCAAGCUUUCUAGAACACUCAUUGUGUAUUAUGGCUUAAAUUAGAGUACAUCUUUUUCACCUGGUACUAGUGGAGACUGGUAGUCUUACAGAUCUACCUCCAAACACAGCUUGAGAAAUAAGGAAGGGUUACUUUUAAAUGAUAUUGGCAAUAAAGCGUACAUUUAUUGAGCUGUGAGUUAUGAAAUGUAUUUCAUUAUUGGUUUAUCAUUUGCUUUAUUUAAUAUUAAUAUAGUUUUAACACGUAAUGGAUGUGAUACACUGUUAACCACGUGUGUAUAGAUAAGGAAACUGAGACAUAGAGGUUUAAGCCCCUUGCCUGAAAUCACCUGUGAAGUAGCAGAACCAGGGUUCAAACACAAAAGGCCUACAUCCACAGGCCUUGUGCUUAAUCCAUGGCACACUCUACUGCCCCUUUAAAAAAUGGUUACAAAUAAAAGUUUGCAUAUAGGUGAAGGCAGCAUCACCCAGUGUUCUGGUGGGUUUUUUUUUUUUUUUUCCUUUGGCUGUGUGGGCUCUUCGUUGCUGUGCACGGGCUUUCUCUAGUUUUGAGCAGGGGCUACUCUUUGUUGCGGUGCGCGGGCUUCUGACUGCAGUGGCUUCUCUUGUUGCGGAGCACGGGCUCUAGGCCCACGGGCUUAAGUAGUUGUGGCUUGCAGGCUCAGUAGAUGUGGCACAUGGGCUUAGUGGCAGUUCUUUUACUAUUAGGAAUAUUAAUCUUUAUCUGCAGUAUAAAUUCCAAAUAUUUUUUUCCACCUUUUCACCUGCCUUUUUUCACCUUAAAAGCACUUGGUUCUAGGAAAACAUUUUUUUUAAUCUUUUUUUAAAAAUAAAUUUAUUUAUUUAUUUAUUUAUUUACUUUUGGCUGCGUUGGGUCUUCAUGGCUGCACACAAGCUUUCUCUAGUUGCGGUGAGCGGGGGCUACUCUUCGUUGUGGUGCGUGGGCUUCUCAUUGUCGUGGCUUCUCUUGUUGAGGAGCACAGGCUCUAGGUGCGCAGGCUUCAGUAGUUGUGGCAUGUGAGCUCAGUAGUUGUGGCUCGCGGGCUCUAGAGCACAGGCUCAGUAGUUGUGGCGCACGGGCUUAGUUGCUCCGUGGCAUGUGGGAUCUUCCCGGACCAGGGCUCUAACCCGUGUCGCCUGCACUGGCAGGCGGAUUCUUAUCCACUGUGCCACCAGGGAAGCCCCACCCAGUGU